UGGAGCACACUUUGCAAUGCGAUAUUUGUUUGUGCGGAAUUUGAAUUUCAGCGGCGUGUGGUGGAUGUGAUAGCAUGCAUUACGUAUACUAUCCUUCCAUUUAUUAAUAUCGUGAAAUACGCAGUACGUGUAUCUCGUUAAAUUUAUCGGUGUUCACAGUUUCCGAUUUGUCAACCGCUUCGUUACCGGAACUUUUUUUGCAAAAGUUUAUGAAAAGAUAUACUGACACUAAAAUUAUUUAUUUUGUGUGACACCAAGUCGUCGAUUGCUUUAAUCUGAUUUGCAUCGUGAAUGGCGCCGCUGGCAUCCAGACUGAGACGAAGUCUUUCCGUGGGAGCAGCCGACGAUGAACAACCUAUAUUCAGGCGACGGAAUAUCCAAAACAAUAUCUCUAUUCCCAUUCGGGGAAGUUUUCGUCAUCGAGCCCACAUCGGAUGGCAGCCGGAACAUGGCUUCGUGACCACAAACGACGCGGACGAUUCGGAUUUGAACGCGUUUCUUAAUGAUGCUUUGGACGUUAUCAAAGGAGGCAUGCAGUGUCUCGAUGCACAGCCGGAUCAACUACCGACAGUCAUCGUAACCGCAGAAAAAAACCGGCAACCAGCCGAAAGUGGCACGCACUCCGUCCAGAAUGGUUCGUUCACUCUGCCGAACCAGAAAUGCGACCAGAAAAAUACAAAACAGAAGCGAUUCUCGGAUUUCUCCUUUCUCAAGCGAUUCAGCCUAAGCCGAUCGACAUCACCGAAUCCCGACAGUACCCCUGUCACUCCCAGUCCUGAUGCCACGACGCCGACGAAACGGAAAAGCCGGAAUAUUUUCCGCAGUCUGUCCGAUGCAGCGCUGUUUGCAGUAGGCUCAGGAAAACGCAAAUCAGAGGAAAUUGCUAGUGAACCACAAAUGGAAAUCAGUAGUCCAAUCCCUGGUUCUUUCAAGCAUGUACAGCAUGUUGGAUUUGGCGAAGGACUGCGGAUGGCCACUGCGGCCGAGCGGUGAUGUGCAUUUCCACACACAAGUUACUUCCUUACUUGAUUACUGCAAUUCAGUCGGAUGGAUGUCAAAAUUAAUUAUAAAAAUCCAAGCAACUACUACUCUGAUAACAAACAGUUCUAAACAAGCAUUAUUAGUUAGCGUUAUUAUCGUGAUUACGGCAUUGAUUAGCGUUUGUUCUGCUUUCUGAGAAUCUUAAAAUAUGUUGCUCCGAAAUGGGCGGCAUAUCUGUUUGAGAACAGUUGUUUCAUAAAUUGCAUUAAUUUACUCUACUGGAUUUGUAAAGGUACGGUAAUGGAUGCUAACAUUGUAUUGUUAAUCUUUUGAUAACGAAGAAACCCGCCGCUCAGUUUUUAUUGGUUAUAUGAAGCACUAUAUUAAAGACGAAC